ACAGUCGUUCAGUCUAGCUUCAUACUUCGUUGAAUUCAGACCUAUCGGGCACAAAGUCAGGAAUUUAAUUAAAUUUUACCGAUUCUGGUUGGUAAUAUAAUCGGAUAUCGUUGGUUUUGUGUAACUGUGACAUGCUAAAGGAAGCGUUUGUUUGCACAUUAAGUUGAUAAAAAAGUUCGGCUUUCCGGAAAGUGAAAUAAAAAUUUCGCGCUGGCUCUUGUUGAGGAUCGUUCAAUGUGGUGCUAAAACUCUUAAAGUGUUAAUAUACCGCAGCGAUAAUGUGAGAAACGAACUCUGCGGAAAGGUGUUAAACCGAAACAAAUCCAACGAGCGUGAUUAUUGUUGAGUUUACCGAUAGCACGAGCAAUUCUGUAAUUACUUUUGUUCCAUUUUUAUCGAGAAAACAACUUAAUUUGGAUAAAAAAAUAAAUAGCAGAAACCGAAACGUAAAUAACAAAAAAUAAAAUAAAAUGAAAUUAACUUCAAUUAAGUGGUGGUGUUGUGUCGCAUGGUUCAAUUAUCAAUAUUUUGUUUGCUGUAACGGAAACACUUGUCAGCCGUGCCAACCGAAUUCAGAUCCAUUGGAUCCAUUACCCUCGGCAUUACCAUUGACAUCGUCUAAGUACCAUCACCCUGAACACAGCGUGAAUCGAACAGACAACGAUAUUUGGAUUGGCUUUUUAGCUGGUUAUGGCAAUGCAAAGGUCAUACUAGGAGCGCUACCGUUGGCUGUCGACGAUGUAAACGACGAUUCAACGCUACUGCCCGGACGAACAUUACGAUAUAUUGCUUACGAUAUUGGCAAGGAGUUGACGUCCUCGAUAGCCAUCAAGUGUGUAGAAAGCUCGUUUUGAAAUUCCAAACGAAAGGAGACCAAAGCUUUUAUUUCUAGAAAAAUGACCGAAUGGCGGGAGAAAUACGAUGUAGCCGCGAUAAUUGGACCGGAUGAACACUGUAGAUCGGAAGCAUUGGUUGCUGAUGCUUGGAAUCUGCCAAUGAUAUCGUACAAGUGUACCGAUACAGUUGUCAGCAACAAGACAAUUUAUCACAGUUUUGCUAGAACACUUGCACCAGCUUCAAAGGUUUCGAAAAGUGUCGUAUCCUUGCUCAACGAAUUUAAUUGGAAUAAAUUUACCAUAGUCGCUGAUAAUCGGGCUUGGGGAUUGGACGUAGCCCAUGCAGUAAAAACAUUGGCUGAACAAAGGAAUUUCACAGUGACGGCUUUAAAAGAGUUUUCCGAUUACAUUCCAACACAGAUUUCCGUUAUGGAAGAUAUUGUCGACAAAACCUAUAAGACAACACGAAUUUAUGUAUUCAUUGGAGAGCACAUUGCUAUGAUUGAUUUUAUUAAAUGUUUACAAGAUCGGAAUUUACUUCGAACUGGUGAAUAUAUGGUGAUAUCGGUCGAUGACGAAAUAUACAAUCCACGGAAACAUUACACCAUAUUGAGACGAGAUUACCUGGAUCCAUACCUCAGCUCUAAGCCAACGCUUCAGGUGGAUUUAAAUUCUUUCCGUUCUGUAUUGAAGCUAAGCAUGACAUAUCCGAUGGAAAAGUUUUUCAGUGAAGAUUGUGAGAAAAUCAAGAGAUAUGCAGCCAAAAAUUUCAGCCUGCCAAUCCAUAAAAGUGUUACGGUAUCGGUUCCGAUAUCAGCAGCACAUUUGUACGACGCCGUGAUCAUAUAUUCUCGGGCCGUCACGGAGGUCAUCAAAAUGGGCGGCGAUAUCAGAAAUGGUACAGCAAUUAUGUCUGAAAUCUUUAACAGAAAAUUUCGUUCCAUUCAGGGCUUUGAUGACUACAUUGAUAGUAAGGGAGAUGCAGAAGGUAAUUAUACUGUGGUUGCACUGCAAGAUGUAAGCGACGAUCCAGGCGAACCACCUCAAAUGAAAUCUGUUGGAUAUUUCUACUAUUCAAGCAAAUCAUCCAUCAUUCCCGAAUUCAAAUACAACGAUGCUGAUACACAAAUUCAAUGGGUUAAUUCCAUGCCACCAGCAGCCGAGCCGGAAUGUGGCUUUCAUGGUGAUGGAUGCAAAAGCGACACUUGGCGAUACGCUCUUAUUGGUAGUGGAAGUGCAUUUAUUAUCUUGAUUGUCGGAGCAUUUCUGUUCAAACAUUACAGAUACGAACAGAAAUUGGCCUGUCUGCUGUGGAAAGUUGAUAUGAAAGAAGUGACACUCAUUUCAACCGAAACAUCGGAUUCGUCCACUAGAACAAAGAGCCUGAUUCAAACAUGCCGACCUAGUUUGAUUUCGGAAGGAACUUCGAAAAGAGCGUACACGAGUAUCGGCCUUUAUCGGGGAAAUAUUGUUGCUGUUAAGCGCAUACAAAAGCGAUGUGUAGACCUGACAAGGACAAUACGUAAAGAACUCAAACAAAUGCGAGAGGUUCAUCAUGAGAACAUCAUUACGUUCAUUGGUGCAUCAGUUGAUAACGGUUCGGUAGCCGUUCUAACAUCAUACUGUGCACGUGGAAGCUUAGAGGAUGUCCUAAUGAAUGACGAUUUGUACUUAGACCAAAUGUUUAUUUCGUCGUUGGUCAGUGACAUCUUGAAGGGUUUGAUCUAUCUGCACGACAGUGACAUUGUUUCGCAUGGUAAUUUGAGAUCCAGUAACUGUUUGGUCGACAGCAGAUGGGUGUGCCAAUUGACUGAUUUUGGACUUCAUGAAUUCAAGUUCGGUCAGGAGGAGCCGAACAGGGAUGAAAUGGAAUUCAAGCGUAGCCUAUGGAAAUCACCAGAAUUACUCAGACUCGCUAAUCCUCCAGCUAGGGGUACGCAAAAAGGGGACGUGUACUCUUUCGGCAUUGUCUUAUUUGAAAUUAUCGGACGAAAUGGCCCCUGGGGUGUGACCAGCCUAUCAAACGAAAAAAUCGUUGAACGGGUGAAAUCACCAUCUUUGGUCGGAGGAUUCUUUCGACCACCCAUCAAGAACCUUAACAUGCCGGACUAUGUGCGACAGUGUCUGAAACUUUGCUGGGAAGAAGAGCCGGACGAACGACCCGAUAUUCGAUUGAUUCGUGUGAAACUUAAGGAAAUGCAGUCAGGACUAAAGCCAAAUAUUUUCGACAACAUGCUGGCGAUCAUGGAAAAGUAUGCGUACAAUCUCGAGGGUCUCGUUCAAGAGCGAACGAAUUUGCUGUACGAGGAAAAGAAGAAAACGGAAACGCUGCUCCUGCGAAUGCUGCCAAAAACUGUAGCUGAAUCACUGAAACGAGGCGAAAAGGUCGAAGCCGAAAAUUUCGAUUGUGUGACCAUCUUCUUCAGUGAUUUGGUUGGUUUUACUGAACUAUGCGUUCAGAGUACACCGUUUGAAGUGGUUGAAAUGCUGAACGAUCUGUACACUUGCUGCGAUUCGAUUAUUUCGAAUUAUGACGUUUACAAGGUUGAAACUAUCGGUGACGCAUACAUGGUUGUGUCUGGAUUGCCCAUCCGGAACGACAACGAUCAUGUUAGUGAAAUUGCUUCGAUGGCCUUGCACAUCUUAGAUAAAGUUGCCAAAUUGGAAAUAAAACACCGGCCGGGAGAACUGCUGAAAAUCCGUAUCGGAAUACAUUCUGGCCAGUGUGUUGCUGGUGUUGUUGGAUUGAAGAUGCCACGAUACUGUUUAUUUGGCGACACGGUGAACACAGCAUCGCGUAUGGAAAGUUCUGGUGAAGAGUUAAAAAUUCACAUAUCUGAAACGACCCACUAUCUACUCACUCUGGUUGGUGGUUUUAAGUGUAAAGAGCGCGGGCUAACAUUUAUCAAAGGCAAAGGAGACAUGAGAACAUACUGGCUGUUAAGUGAAGAUGACGAGCGUAUUCAACGAAGAUUCGGUUCGAAUAGCGAAAUGCAGCAGAACUCUUUGCCAAAAAAUGUUGCUCCUGAUCUGAUCAGCAGUAAUGUCAACGCUGAUUCGUCACCGGAACAACUAGAUAGGGCACCAGCUGAAAAUCACAAAUUCAUUCGACAACGGGCACGAUCAUCCUAUAUUGGCCUGCUGAACGAUAAUCUGCCCAAAAAUGCCUGGAUGGAUCCGCUAACUUUGACAUAUCAACGACAAGACUUUCAGCGACCGUGCGCUUUAUGCAGUUCUCACAUGAGGCCGCUACUUUCCAGAAAAUCGACGAAACUCGGCUCAGCGUCGAUAAACUGUAACAUGCUGCAAUCAUUGAAGGAAAAUGUGGACAACUUGGACAAUUUGGAUGGGCACGAACAGAGCGAUUGCACUUGUAUGUUCAAUUUUCAGACUUUUUGGAACAGUCAGCAUAAUAGGAAAGUUUGCUAUGAAGUGAACAGAUGGCCUCGAUCAGCGCCUCAUAUAACAUUUAUGGAAGUUUAAGGGAAAUGUUAACUAAAUUUUUGUAGAAUGGCUGUUACACAUCGAAUAAAAUCAACUAUUUACAUCCCUGCA